AUGCGGAUUUCUAGAGUGGAAACACCACAACUCAUACCCGAAUUGUGUGGACAACGGAUCCGAAAGUUUAUCAAUGGAUAUGACUUUGUGUUGGCUAUGAAUGAGGACAACCAUGUGUUCAGUUGGGGACACAAUGAGAGGGGACAGUGUGGUAGAGAUGUAACAGAGAGUAAUAUAUCGUAUUUGAAUGACAAGAAUAUAACGCAAAUCAGUUGUGGUAGUUCUCACUCCCUCGCCCUCACCACCGGUGGACAGGUGUACGGGUGGGGUUAUAAUUAUUUGGGACAAGUAGGUUGCGAUGAUAAUGAAAACCGAAUAAUCUCGUCACCGUUGUCGGAUAAGCCCAUAGGUUCGGGAAGUUUCGGAACUGUGUUUAAAGUGAAGCAUAAAAUCGAUGAACAGAUUUAUGCCGUCAAAAUGAUUGAAAUUAAUGAAAUUUCUGAUAUGAGACAAGUAUUGAGUGAAGUUAAGAAUUUAGUUAAAGUUCACUCCGAAUAUGUCGUUCAGUAUUUCAAUUCAUGGAUUGAAGUGAAUUCAUUAUAUAUUCAAAUGGAGUUCUGUUCACAAAAUCUGCGGAAUAUUAUUAAAGUGAAAGCACAAGUAUUUGGUCGACAGUCACGCGAAGCAAUGGAUUGUAUCGAGUAUUUUAUUUCUUGUGAAAUAUUCCGUCAAAUUUUAGAAAGUGUUCAGUAUUUGCAUGAAUUGAAUCCACAAAUCAUCCACAGAGACCUCAAACCAGAAAACAUAUUAAUCGCUGAGAAUAUAAGAAACGGUAGAUUUAUUAAGUUAUGUGACUUUGGUUUGGCUAAAGUACACGACAAAAACAUCAAUUAUAUGACUCGGGAUAAACACUCUACUGGUGUGGGUACAAUAAAGUAUCAGGCACCAGAAGUAGUUCAGGUACUGAAAGCCUUUACUCCGGGAAUGAGAUCCUAA